AACUAAGUAAGUCCACUUUAUAUAUUGGUGAUGGAUGUUGAAACCUCUGCCAGUCCCUCUCACAGUUCAUUGAGUGGUGCUGAACCUCAGUCUGUUACUGAAAGUCAGGCUAGGCAGACUCGUAGUGCAACAGCAAGGUCAGAGGUCCCAUCCUGUAGCAACAGUGAUGCCUGGAAUCUGUCCUGCGGGGUAGAGGAACCAGAUGGUAUCAUCUUGGACUCCACCAUAAAUUCAGCAAGAGCAGAGCAAUCGUCAGGUGAUAUGGUAGUGCAGGAAAAUGCAUCUCAUCAAGAUGACGAAAAGUCACUUCUAGGGGAAAAACCAGAGUGGAAAUGUGAACAAGAUGCAACCAGAGCAGCCUGGCUCUACAAGUCCGAGUUACUUUCAAAGUAUGAGACCAGAAAGGCAGUAGUCCUGCAAAUGGACUUGCGGGAAAGUAUUGUGGGUCAACAGAGGUCACUUAUCUCCCUCUACAAAGCCCCAAAGGUAGAGUGGGCGGGGCCUGUCAGCUGCAAACUGGAAGGGGAUGUUGCUGUUGGAGAAGGGGUGAAGAGAUUCUUCUUCUCAAAGGCAGUUUCUCUAGUACAGUCUGGUUUGCAUUUGAAUUUUGAUAUGUAUGUUAUAUUUAGACUGGGCACAUGUAUAGUGGAUUAAAUAAGAGAAUAUUUCAUCAUGUAAAGAAAAUGUGUUUGUUAUGUAAAUGAGUUAAUUGUGUUAAAAUUACUGCCUGGAUUUCUCAUACGCAACAUAACCUAGCUGUACUCUUUUCAGGGAACACAGAUCUUACAAGACUGUUUGACGGUGAGCCAGAACACUUGACUCCAUC